AUGGUACAAUCGUCCAUGAUUGGAGGGGACAGCCAACUUCGAUCAGAUGUUAGAAAUGAUAAUUCUCCUCUACAGAUCUUUGUUAAGGCAAAAAAAAGGAUAAAUGAUGUAUUUGUGGAUAUAGAAAAAUAUGUGGAGGAAACAGAUGCCCUUAUAUUUAUUGGUUUGACAAUUAAUUUAUCUAACUUCAUAACAGCAUUACAAAAUGAUCGGAAUAUUGUAACUUCAGAAGAGGCAAUAAAAGUUAAAACUUACAUAGAUAAAAUACGAGCUAUAAAAGAUGUUCUUAAAAGAGAUCACAUGAAAGUUGCCUUUUUUGGCAGAACAAGUAAUGGAAAAAGUACUGUAAUUAAUGCCAUGCUACAUGAUAAGAUUUUACCAAGUGGCAUAGGGCAUACUACAAAUUGUUUCUUACAAGUUGAAGGUUCAGAUAAUGGAGAAUCAUACCUUAUUACGGAAGGAUCUACUGAAAAACAACCAGUUCAAUCUGUUGGACAGUUAGGUCAUGCUCUUUGCAAAGAAAAAUUAUGUGAAAGCCAUUUAGUUAGAAUAUUUUGGCCAAAAGAAAAAUGUUUAUUGCUGCGAGAUGAUGUAGUGUUCGUAGAUAGUCCAGGCGUAGAUGUAACUCCAAAUCUUGAUGAAUGGAUUGAUAAGCAUUGCUUGGAUGCGGAUGUUUUUGUCUUGGUAGCAAAUGCAGAAUCUACUCUAAUGGUUACUGAAAAAAAUUUCUUUCACAAAGUUUCAACAAAGCUAUCUAAACCAAACAUAUUUAUUUUAAAUAAUCGAUGGGAUGCUUCUGCCUCCGAGCCGGAAUAUUUUGAUCAGCUGGCCAAAGAACAAAAGGAGGUAAGAGCACAACAUCAAGAACGUGCUGUUGACUUUUUAUCGAGGGAAUUAAAAGUCUAUAGUCCAAAAGAUGCUGAAGAUCGUGUUUUUUUCAUUUCUGCAAAGGAAACUCUUCAAGCUCGAAUGCAAGAACAACGUGGGCAACCUGCUCAUAAUGGUGCGUUAGCAGAUGGUUUCCAAAAUCGAUAUUUUGAAUUUCAAGAUUUUGAAAAAAAAUUUGAAGAAUGUAUCUCAAAAUCUGCAGUAAAGACUAAAUUUGAACAACAUUCUCAGCGUGGCAAACAUAUCGCAACGAAAAUACGUCAAACAUUGGAUGAGAUAUUAGAACGAACACAAAAAAUGCGAAGUGAACAGUUAAAUAUCAAGAAAGAGCUCCAUGAUAAGUUAAAUUUUACAGAGCAACAAUUGAUGCUAUUAACUCAAGAAAUGAAGGAUAAAAUUCACCAUAUGGUAGAAGAUGUAGAGCAAAGGGUUUCUAAAGCUUUAAACGAAGAAAUUCGGCGAUUAGCCGUUUUAAUAGAUGAAUUUAGUGUCCCAUUUCAUCCUGAACCACUUGUUUUGAAUGUAUAUAAACGGGAACUUCAUACACACGUAGAAAAUGGUUUAGGAUCAAAUUUACGAGCAAGACUUAGUACUGCUUUAGCAUUAAACAUGGAAAAUUCGCAGCGAGAAAUGACAGAAAGAAUGUCAAGCUUAUUACCUGAAAACAAAAGACAAAUGUCACUUAACAUUUUACCACGACGAGAACCGUUCGAAAUAUUUUAUCGACUGAAUUGUGACAAUUUAUGUGCAGAUUUCCAUGAAGAUUUGGAAUUCCGUUUUUCAUGGGGUUUUACAGCUAUAAUUAAUAAAUUUGCAGGAAAACAGAGUCAGAAAUUAACUAUUACUAAUUAUCCGCAAGAGAUUCCACCAUGUAUCUCAUCACCUGCAGAUAGCAUAGAUUCUCUCAAAUUUGUUACAAAUACACCAAAUUUUCCAACAAGAUCUGAUGAUUGGUCUCUAGCUACUCGUAUAGCAGUUGCAUCUGUAACAUCACAGGGUACAAUGGGUGGUCUCAUCAUUGCUGGCUUUAUGUUAAAAACAGUAGGUUGGAGAUUAAUUGCUAUAACUGGUGCUAUAUAUGGGGCUUUAUAUCUCUACGAACGUUUAACAUGGACUAAUAAGGCAAAAGAACGUGAAUUUAAGCGACAAUAUGUUACACAUGCUACCAAGAAGCUACGAUUAAUUGUAGAUCUGACUUCUGCAAAUUGUAGUCAUCAAGUGCAACAAGAGCUCUCCAGUACAUUUGCAAGACUCUGUCAUUUGGUAGACGAAACAACAUCUGAAAUGGAUACCGAACUGAAAACUAUAGGAAAUACUUUAGCAGUAUUGGAAAAAGCAGCAGCCAAAGCAAAACAUCUUCGAAACGAAGCCAACUUUUUGAUAAAUGAACUCGAUACAUUUGAUGCAGCUUACUUAAAACCAUUAAAUUAA